UCGUGUUGUUGUUGACUUUUACCUAAAUCAAAUAGAUUGUUUUUGUUUACCUUUUGAAGUUUGUUUAUUACUUCUUUUGUUUAAGUUUUCUAUAUUUUAUAAUAUAUUUUGUUUAAAUUCAUGCAUAAAAAGACAGGGACAUAGUUAAUAAGUUGAGAAACAGACAGACAAUUGUGAAAUGUGAUUGUAAUUAAAUUAAAAAAUUUUUUUUAGAAAUUUUUGAGGGUGAUAAAAACAAAUAAGCCUAAAAAGUUUAAAAAUGCCAAAAGAUAUAAGAAAACACAGCACAAUAUGGGAUCAUUUUACCCAAAAUGAGAAAUAUAAAAAAGAUAAAUUGGCAAAAUGCAAUUAUUGCAGUUUUUUGAUAAGUAUAUCUGGAGGAUCGAAUGGUAAUCUGAAUCGGCACUUAAAAACAAGACACUCCCUAUUGCCCCAUUUAAAUGAACGAAACCCAAUGCCACAAACAUCUGUGAACCCUACAUCCUCUUCAACGUCCACAUCUACAACACAAGUUGAAUGCACUGCUCCUCAGUCAACGUCAAUAAUUGCAUCACAAUCACAACCAUUGAUAUCUUCAUUCGCUCUUCGUGCCCCACCUGUGAAAAAAGCACAAGAAAUCGAUCAACAAAUUGUGAAAAUGAUCGCCAAAGGUCACCAUGCACUGAGAAUUGUCGAGGAGCCAGAGUUUAGAAAAUUAAUCGAAAUGAUUUCCAACUGCCCAGGCUACAAAUUGCCAUAUAGAAAAAAACUUACCACAAGCUUAAUCCCAGAUGAAUACCAAAAAUUGGUAAGUGACAUAAAAAUUAAAUUACAAAUGGCACCAGCCGUGUGUGUAACUACCGAUUGCUGGACAUCGAGUACGAAUAUGUCUUACAUCGGUGUAACAGCACACUUCAUCGAUGAUUCCACUAACUUGUGUUCAGCCUUGAUAGCUUGCAAUAGCUAUGCAGAUAGCCAUGAUGCUAAAAAUUUAUGUAAACUACUUGAAAGCAUCUUGAAUGAAUGGGAAAUCUCAAAUAAAAUUACUGCUGUGGUGAGCGACAAUGCUGCGAACAUCUUAGCAGCUGUAAGAUUGGGUGGAUGGCAAUCAAUUGGUUGUUUUGCCCACUCUUUAAACUUGGUGGUUCAAAAAUCAACCACCAAAAUUGCUAAUACUCUCAUAAAAGUAAAGGCUAUAGUUGAAUACUUCAAAAGAAGUGCGCAAGGUCUCCAGAAAUUGAAAGCCGUCCAAAAACAGAUGAACAUGCCCGAGCUAAAACUUAAACAAGACGUUCCAACGCGCUGGAAUUCAACUUUUGACAUGUUGGAGCGCAUUGUUAAAAUUAAGGAUGCUGUUAUUACCGUGAUUGCCCUCAACCGGAUCGACUUAUCUCUAGAUAAAGAAGACUGGAUGAUUAUAGAGGAGACUUUGCCACUUCUUAAGCCGUUUUACGAAGUACAAGAUCUUCACAAAGAGUUGAAAGACGGUAUGGAUUAUCGUUUCAAAGAUCUUGAGAAGAAUAUCUUGUACGCCGAGUGCACUAUUCUAGACCCGCGUUUCAAGAAUAGAGGGUUCAGAAACCAAAGUGCAUUUGAAACAGCAUGCAAGUCUUUGCGGAGCAAAAUCGGUUCUUCUGCUCUUCCUCAAGAUUUAGAAGUAGAUAUGAACGAAGUCGAUUGUGCCAGUACCAGGGUUUCUUCUGAACAAGAACAAAAGACAAGAAGCAUCUGGGAUGACUACGAUUCCGAUUUCGUUAAUGCAAAAAGACCUCCUUCUAGACUUCCCGACGCAAUCAGAGAGUUCAACAGGUAUAUGAACGAGGAGUACUUAAAUCGAGAAAUUAAUCCUCUUAAGUAG